AUGUCUCGCAAGAUGCGACGAAGAACCCCGACACGGAUUGUGUGUCUUAUACUUGCCUCUGUUCUCCUUACUACGACAUUAGUUUUCUUACGAGAUGGCAAAGCCCCAGCCUCUAUCCCAAAGAUCUUUUCUCCUCCCAGCUCCUCACGAGAUACGAGAGACAGGCUGGCCACUCCAACACCACCAACUCCUACAACUGGCCCUGGCGACCACCCCAUACGAACACUAAUAGCCAACGCCAACGCCGACUUCGAAGCCCUCAAGGCCCGGCAAUCAACCAGCCUCUCUCAGGCCAUCGCUGAAUACAAGCGCCGCUAUGGCCUCUCCCCGCCCCCAAACUUCGACAAGUGGUACGCCUUCGCCAAAGCGCAUAAGGUCGUCCUCGUUGACGAGUUCGACACCAUCCACGACCUCCUCCUCCCAUUCCGGGGACUCCCACCUGCUGUCCUGCGCGCGCGCGUCACCGAAGCUCUUGGCCACGAUAACAUGCUCAUUGCGCUGCAGAUCCGGCAGGGGAAUGUCACGCAUACGGAGGGGGGCCAGAAAUGGGUGAAAGAUGCACUAAAGGGGAUGACAAGGGAGUUCACGCAGUACCUGCCAGAUAUGGAUCUGGCAUUCAAUGUGCACGAUGAGCCGCGUGUGGCGGUGCCACAUGAUGAUUUACAAAGACUCGUCGCGAAGGGUAAAGAGAGCAUAGCGACGGCGAUGUUGAAUGAGAAGCCCCGGAAUGAGUGGAGUUCACAUGCGGAUUUGAUUCAGGGAAUCAAGGAGGUGCCGACGUCACGGUUUAACCACUUUUCUCACCAGUCAACCUGGGCGCACUCAAAACUUUCGUGUCCACCUGACUCGCCAUCCCGCUCUCUGCUAGAAGUGGGAGAAGUGCCAGACGACAACAGCGAGUCGAUUACCUCGCCGCUAGGUUUCAUAUCAAACCAGACGGCGUAUAGCGAUAUAUGCAAUUCCCCGUCAUUCAGCAAAAACUAUGGCUUCUUCGCGAGCGCAAAUAGCUUCAACGUUGCCCAGGAUCUCAUCCCUAUAUUCUCGCAGAGCAAGAUAUCCAGCUUCCAGGACAUCGUAUAUCCUCCCCCCUGGUAUUGGUACGACAUGGUGCCUUAUAAUGCCACCAGGGACAUACCAUGGGCCAAGAAACAGGAGACUCUGUACUGGCGCGGCGGGACUACCGGCGGCUACUCGCGCUUUGGGGCAUGGCGCCGCCAUCACCGCCAGCGCUUCGUGUUGAAAGCAAAUUCCAAUGACCAAACCCCGAUCCUCGCCAAGGGAGACAGCGCCACGGAGUGGACUGAGAAAAGUACUGCUGUGCAGGACCACAAAGACCUCUUCGACAUCAAGUUCACCCAAGUUGGCCAGUGUGAUAACGGCGACUGCACCGCUCAGCGCGAGGCCUUCCACGUGCUCCCCAAGGUGGACCCGAACGAUGCGUGGCACUCCCGCUACCUGCUCGACAUGGACGGCAACGCUUUCAGUGGACGCUUCUACAGCUUCCUGCAGAGCGGCAGCGCUGUGCUGAAGAUGGGCAUAUCGCGCGAGUGGCACGCCGAGUGGCUGCGCGAGUGGGUGCACUAUGUGCCGCUGAGCUUGCAUGGGAGGGACUGGGUCGAGGCGAUGAGGUGGAUUACGGAUGGGGGUGCGGGAGGAGGAGCUGCGACGGAGGAGGGGAAGGCGCUUGCGCUCAGGAGUACGGAGUGGGCGGGGAAUGCGCUGAGGAAUGCGGAUCUCGAGGUGUGGUUCUUUAGGCUGCUGCUUGAAUAUGGGAGGGUGGUAGAUGAUGCGAGACAGAGCAUUGGGUUUGCGGAGUAA